UAUUCUAAUUAUAUAUUUGACGACUUGCAUGUUUUUGGUAGGAUAUCCAAUUUCUAGGUUAUGUUGAUAAAGUCGUUAAUCUGAGUUGUUGCAAAUCUUUUCCUUCAAAUUGUGCUUAUUUUGUCUUGAAUUAUUUCCUUUUAAACUAGUCAUAUCAUUUGAUAGCUUGACUUUUUCGGAAAUUUAUAGUUUGUGGCUGUAGUAAAAUUUUCAUCUUCACGAUUGUAAUGUCUGCAGAAUAGUACCGAAUUAUUCUUUAGUAGGCGAUUUCAUCGGCGUAACUGAAUGGCUUCAUCGAAAAGGCCGGAGCACCAAGCUCCACCAGAAAUAUUCUAUAAUGAGACUGAAGCACAGAAGUACUCGCAGAACUCGAGAAUGAUUGAAAUCCAAGUGCAGAUGUCAGAGAGAGCUGUGGAGCUGCUUGCCUUGCCUGAGGACGAGCCGUGCCUGCUGUUGGACAUAGGUUGCGGGUCAGGACUGAGUGGCAGUGUUCUCGAGGACCAGGGCCAUACGUGGGUGGGCGUGGACAUAUCGGCAGCCAUGUUGAAUGUUGCACAGGAACGUGAGGUUGAGGGUGAUCUGAUGCUAGGGGACAUGGGACAAGGCGUGCCUUUCCGGCCUGGAUGUUUCGACGGUGCCAUCAGCAUAAGUGCUCUGCAGUGGCUCUGCAACGCCGACCGACGAACCCACAAGCCCGCCAAACGACUCCACAAUUUCUUCUCGUCUCUCUACGCAAGUUUAAGCCGAACGGCCAGAGCUGUCUUCCAAUUCUACCCGGAGAACUCUGAACAGGUCGAACUGAUCACAUCACAAGCCAUGAAAUCUGGUUUCUAUGGUGGACUUGUUGUUGACUAUCCGAAUUCAACCAAAGCGAAAAAGUUCUUUCUAGUUCUGAUGACUGGUGGAAUGGUGGCGUUACCGAAAGCAUUGGGCACUGAAGACACCGAUAACUCGGUCAAUUACACUAGCAAGCGAGAGUUGAACAAGAAAGGUCGUGGGAAGCCAGUGAAGAACACUCGAGAAUGGAUUAUUGAGAAAAAAGAAAGACGUAGGCGUCAGGGUAAAAACGUCAGGGAGGAUAGUAAAUACACUGGUAGGAGAAGAUGUGGAAAGUUCUAGUUUGUUGUAUCAUUGAUUAUUAUUAUAUAUUUUUAAAACAAA